AUGCAAGCUGUUAGCAAAGAAAAAGAGGCGUUUAGACAGAGAGCCGAAAAAGCUGAGAAAGAGGCUCAAAAAGUUGGCGAGAUUGAUAAGUGGCGAGCGGCCGUCGAAGCCGAAAAGACAAAAGCGAUCGCAGCGGAGAAAGCUUACUCGGAAUGCCACCAGCGGUUACAGUCCUUGGAGAAACAGUACCAAUCGCAGCAGCAGCAAUUGCAGCAGCUUCAAGCUCGCGGACCGUCCGACGUGCGCGAAGUACAAAAGCAGCUUGAAGCGGCGCAAGCGGAGGCGCGCUCGCUCGCAGUGGAGCGAGAGCGUUGCCAGUCACAGUUGGAGAUGCUCGUUCAAGAAUUGGAAAAGAGCCAGCUCGAUCUCCGCGAGGCGAACAAGAAAUUACAAACGGUUGGCGCUCAGAACGCCAAAGCUGGGGAAGAUUCAGCGCAAGCUAGAAAGCAACUACAAGAAGAAAUUAAGAAGCUGGAGGAUAUGAAGAAGCAGUUUGACGAUCAGAGAAGAGCGUUCGAGAAUAAGAGGAAAGACGUGGAGGAGAAGGAGAAAUCGCUGACAGAACUGGAUCGACAGUUGAGGAAGAGGAAAGAACAAAUGGACCAAAUGGAAGCAUCUUUGAGGAAGGCGGGCGGUAGCGCUGCUGCUGUGAGCGAGAUGAACCGCAAGUUGACGGACACGCAGAAAGAAGCGGACCAGCUGAAGCAACAACUCAAGCAGAGCGAGGAGGAGUCGAAACGGCUCACCGCGGAAACGGAACGGCUGCUGCAACUGGUCCAAAUGUCGCAGGAGGAACAGGCGCAGAAAGAGAAGCAGAUCAUGGACUUGCAGCAAUCAAUUAGGAAUCUUCAAGCCAAACUGAAGAGCCAGCAACAAGCACAAGCACAAAGAGAAGAGUAUUUGUCGCGAGCGAAACAAAACGAGCUAUCGGCAAUCGGAAACCUAACAAAUGUUUUAAAGGAGAGAGACUAUUUCAAAUCCAAAUUGGAGAAUAGCAGGAUGAAAAUAAUCGAUUUAGAGAUAGAACUGAACGAAUCGUCUCUGAUUCUUUCCGAGGUUCUAAAAAUUUCCGACGGACAGUUGAGUGACAUUAAGAAAAGCAGAAGCUUUUUUGAGCUGCAGAAGAGUGGUAAGCUAUUAGCGGUCGUGCGAAGUAAAGACGAGAGAAUUAAUGAGCUAGAGAAACUGAUUAAUAAAAAAGCUGUAACCGUUUCCUCGGAUUAUAAAGAAAGUAGAAUAUUAGAACUAGAAAACGCACUCAAGGAAUCGUUUAUGAUAGCAGCGGAGAGGGAAAAAGUAUUCGACGAAGAGGAACAGAAGAGGAUUGAGACAUUGCAGAAGAUGAAGAAAAUGGAACAACGUAUACGGUCUCUGCAGAAUGCUUCAGCGCUGAAUUGCAAAACGUGCACAACGGUGCUUAAGCGUUUGAAGCAGCUGGAGGAUGCUCUUCGGUGUUGCCAGACCAAAAAGGAAGCGAUACUGCGACAUUCAUCACGCGUGAUUCAAGACAUAUUGGAAGAGGCGAUCAGCGAGAAGGACUCCAAGAUAGCCGAGCUGGAGAUGAAGGGGGCGCUAGAAGAGAGCGAGGCAAAAGCUUGCGACGCGAUGAAGAGCGAGCGAGACAGAUUGCUGCACAGGCUUAAGAUCGAGAACGAGUGGAUAAUUGAGUCCCAGCGGGAAACGCCAGAGGAGCCGCGGAAGCAAGAGCCAGCUUCUAUACCAGUAGACCUCACGCUGGCCGACGGACUCAUCGCCGUCUGCGAAGACAAUGCCAUCGUCUGGGUAUCG